AGUACCAGUGGCAUCUCUCUCUCUCUCUCUCUCAUCAUCUUCUCUGAAACUCAAACACAUAUACAAAAGAAACCCUAGUUUUACGUAUAAAAGAUCUGCUCUUCUUCUUCCUUUCCGUUCUAUCCCCAUACCUUUGCUCAGCUUAGUUCAGCAACAUCUCCAUAUCCAUCCCUCGGCACAUAAAGCAAGAAAACAAGAAAAAGAGGGGGAAACAAACCCUAACCCACAUACCGAUCCGGCCCCAUUUUUUCUCUUCCUGUAAUCUGUGAGAAAAGAGCAUGGAUUCUGACAUAAUGAACUUGAUGAUGCAGCAGAUGGAGAAGCUCCCCGAUUUCUGUAACACUAACCCUAGCUCCCAUAACGGACCUCCACCAUUUUUCCCUUCCGACCAAACCAACCUCAUGCUCUCCAACUCCAACUCCCACCAGUUAUUCUUCAACCCAACCCAGAUCCAGUCCGACCCGAUGACCCAAGAACCCGGUUUCAGAUACGGGACCGGGUUGCUCACCGCUCCAUCCACCUCCUCUCUCCCGGCCAUAUCCCCCAACACGUACCCUUCAAUGUUUCUCGACAAGAGAGGCUCAAAUGGUAACAGCAACAGCAACAAUAACAGCAGCAACAUGGCUGCGAUGAGGGAGAUGAUCUUCAGGAUCGCGGUGAUGCAACCGAUACAUAUCGACCCUGAGUCAAUAAAGCCACCGAAGAGGAGGAACGUGAGGAUCUCCAAGGACCCACAAAGCGUCGCGGCUCGUCACCGGAGGGAGAGGAUAAGCGAGAGGAUCCGCAUUCUGCAGCGGCUUGUCCCAGGAGGGACGAAGAUGGAUACUGCAUCUAUGCUCGACGAAGCCAUUCAUUAUGUGAAGUUCUUGAAGAAACAGGUGCAGUCUCUGGAGGAACAGGCAGUUGCCAACGGCGGCGGAAGGGUGGUGAUGGGUGGCGGCGGAGUUACGGGGGCUCCGGCGGUGGCUAUCGCCGGAAUGGGUGGAGGAUACGGUGGUGGGAUGGUGGUGAAGGGUUGUGGGGCAAUGGGGUCUCAUCAGAUGGUGGGCAAUGCACAGAUACUUAGGUGAUCUUUAUUAUGAUAUAUUAUAAUGUUUGAGUCUAGUGAGGGAAAAUUAAAAAUGAAAUUGUGAGACAUUCGAUUUCUCUUUUUCUCAUUGUAGUGAUCCGACCAUGUUUGUGAUGGGUUUAGUUUCGACUCCGUAUGUAAUUUAACUCUUUAGAUGAAGGGGACAAAUAAGGGAAGGGGAUAUGUAACUCAAUGAUUUGUGAAGAUCUAUCAUAUCGUCUCUAAUUUAAUGA